AUGGUUUUUUAUCCCGACGGCUUUGAUAAAGCUAGCAAGGAGUAUGUAUCCUUGUUCAUUAAGCUAGUCGGCAGCCUCGGAGAAGUUAGGGCAUUGUAUGGGUUCGAACUACUGGACAAAACUGGAAAAGGGAAGUAUGGUGUUUAUGGAUAUCGUGACGAAUCUCCAACAACGUUUAAAUCAGGAAGCACAUGGGGAUAUCCGAAGUUUAUGAAAAGGUUCGCGGUGGAGACAUAUCUCAAGGAUGAUUGCCUUAGCAUUCACUGUACAGUUGGAGUAGUGCAAACUCGUGUCGAAGAGGGGAAACGUUGUGUUAUUCCUGUACCUCCAUCAGAUAUGAUUCAAAAUCUUAAGGGUUUGCUGGAAUCUGGAGUUGGUUCUGAUAUUACUUUUCAAGCAAUGUUGUUAUUUUUGUACUCAGAUGAACUUCCUAAAGCACAUGAAUUUUCUGAUUCAGAUUCUGUUUGCACUUUGACUACACUUAUGCAACAUCUCUUAGCUGCAGCCGAUCGCUUUGAUAUUUCUCGAUUGAAACUCAUGUGCGAGGCAAAAUUAUGUGAAGAUAUAGAUGCAGAUACAGUGGCAGACUCUCUGUCCCUAACAGAACGAUACCAAUGCCAGGAAUUGAAAACUGUAUGCCUAAACUUUGCAGCUAAACCAGAAAAUUUAGGAGAGGUUAUGAAGUCUGAUGGGUAUUCACAUGUGGAGAAGUGGUGUCCCUCAUUAUUAACAGAUUUUUUGAAGAAGUGCAUGCGGUUGUAG